CCCCGGGCUGAGCCAGGCCUGGGGCCAAGUGAGUCCGGGGCGGAGGGUGACGGGAAGCCACCAACGCCUGAGGAGUCACUUGAGGGGCGCUUGUUUCGGAGCGUUGCACAAACCCGGGUGCCAACCCCGAGUUCACCGGCAUUCUAUCUGGGUGCUGGCACUCAGCCACUCCUCUGCCAAUGAAGUACAUCUUGGUCACUGGUGGGGUCAUCUCGGGCAUCGGUAAAGGGAUCAUAGCAAGCAGCAUUGGGACGAUUCUAAAAUCAUGUGGACUCCGAGUUACUGCCAUCAAAAUCGACCCCUAUAUAAACAUCGAUGCGGGCACUUUUUCACCUUAUGAGCACGGUGAAGUGUUUGUCUUAAACGAUGGUGGAGAAGUUGAUUUAGACCUUGGAAAUUAUGAAAGGUUCUUGGAUAUUAAUCUUUAUAAAGACAACAACAUCACCACUGGGAAGAUAUAUCAACAUGUGAUCAAUAAAGAGAGGCGUGGCGAUUACCUGGGGAAAACAGUACAAGUUGUCCCUCACAUUACUGAUGCUGUCCAGGAGUGGGUUAUGAAUCAAGCCAUGGUGCCUGUGGAUGGUCAUAAGGAAGAGCCCCAAAUAUGUGUUAUUGAGCUGGGUGGCACCAUUGGAGACAUUGAAGGAAUGCCAUUUGUGGAAGCGUUCAGACAAUUCCAGUUUAAAGCAAAAAGAGAGAAUUUCUGUAAUAUCCAUGUUAGCCUUGUCCCACAGCCCAGUGCUACUGGAGAACAGAAAACCAAACCCACACAAAACAGUGUCCGUGCGCUGAGGGGGUUAGGCCUGUCUCCCGAUCUGAUCGUCUGCCGAAGUUCAACGCCCAUCGAAAUGGCUGUGAAGGAAAAGAUUUCUAUGUUUUGUCACGUGAACCCUGAACAGGUUAUAUGUAUCCACGAUGUUUCUUCCACCUACCGAGUACCUGUGCUUUUGGAGGAACAAGGCAUCGUUAAAUAUUUCAAAGAGAGAUUGGAUCUGCCUAUUGGGGAUUCUGCAAGUAAUUUGCUUUUCAAGUGGAGAAAUAUGGCUGACAGGUAUGAAAGGUUACAGAAAACGUGUUCCAUAGCCCUGGUUGGCAAAUACACCAAGCUCAGGGACUGCUAUGCCUCCGUGUUCAAAGCCCUGGAACACUCAGCGUUGGCCAUCAACCGCAAGUUGAAUCUGAUGUACAUAGACUCCAUUGAUCUGGAGCAGACUACCGAAACUGAGGACCCUGUGAAAUUCCACGAAGCUUGGCAGAAACUCUGCAAAGCUGAUGGUGUUCUUGUGCCAGGAGGCUUCGGAAUCAGAGGAACAUUGGGAAAACUCCAGGCGAUUUCUUGGGCACGGUCAAGGAAGAUUCCUUUUCUGGGAGUUUGCCUUGGGAUGCAACUGGCAGUGAUAGAAUUUGCGAGAAACUGCCUUAACUUGAAAGAUGCUGAUUCCACAGAAUUUGAGCCAAAUGCCCAUGUUCCUGUGGUGAUUGAUAUGCCGGAACACAACCCUGGCAAUUUGGGAGGAACGAUGAGGCUGGGAAUAAGAAGAACUGUUUUCAAAACUGAAAAUUCAAUAUUAAGGAAACUUUAUGGUGACGUUCCUUUCAUAGAAGAAAGACACAGACAUCGGUAUGAGGUGAAUCCUAACCUGAUCAACCAACUUGAGCAGAAUGACUUAAGUUUUGUAGGUCAGGAUGUCGACGGGGAGAGGAUGGAAAUCAUUGAACUAGCUAAUCACCCCUAUUUUGUCGGUGUCCAAUUCCAUCCUGAGUUUUCUUCUAGGCCAAUGAAGCCUUCCCCUCCAUACCUGGGACUAUUACUUGCGGCAACUGGGAAUCUGAAUGCCUACCUCCUUCAGGGAUGCAAGCUAUCUUCCAGUGAUAGAUACAGCGAUGCCAGUGAUGACAGCUUUUCAGAGCCAAGGAUAGCUGAGUUGGAAAUCAGCUGAAACUGAUACGUGACUUGGAAUCACCAGGACUGCCUGAGAGGGCUCCGAAGUAACCGAAGCCAAGAUGAAGGAACUAUCUAAGGAAAUCACCACACUCAUAGAAUCACUCUUUUCUCCACCAAACAUGGGAUGUACAGCCUCGAGGGGAAUCUAAUAAUAUGCACUUUCAUGAACCAGAAUCAAAGGGGUAGUUUUCUUUUUCCCCCAGAGGUGACCUUUGGUUCCUGCAAAUUUCUGUAGCCAAUUAAACUUUUCCCAGCAACUUCAAUGGGCAGAAAGUGUGUUGGUGUCUUGUCUGGUGUAUGGUGACGUCCAGGAGGUGAGGAAGGAUCCAGGUAACUGAGCCUUCUCUGGGCUAUAUGGGAAGGCCGGCAGGGCACACGCAAUAACUAAUUUUGUGUCAAAAAUGAGUCAUUCUGUUACCUGGAAUUCAGCCACAGAUUUGCAUGUGAACCAAGCUUAUUUCAGUUUUUCACUCUGUUUGUAGUAAAAAGUAAAAUGAAACAGGUCCAAGACUGGGGGUGGUAAGUAAGGCCCUGGCCUCAGGCACAGAAUUUAAGGGGGCAUAAAAAAACUCAGGAAUCAAGAUCAGUAACAUAUAUAUAUAUAUAUUUACUUGAGGUGAAAUUCACAUAACAUAGAUUAACCAUUUCAAGUGCAGUAGCAUUGGGUACAUUCGCAGUGCUGUGCAACCACCACCUUCAUCUGGUUCCAUCCCUCUUCCCAGCCGCCCACGCAACCACUUACCUCCUUUCUAUUUCUAUGGAUUGGCCUAUUCUGGAUAUUUCAUAUUAGUGGAAUCAUAUAAUACGUGGCCUCUCAUGUCUGGCUUCUUUCACUGAGUUUGAUGUUUUCAAGGUUCAUCCAUGUUGUGGCCUAUGUCAGUUCUUCCUUGUGGCUGAAUAGAAUUUCCUGGUAUGGAUUAGACUACAAUUUGUUUAUUCAUUCAUCUGUUGAUGGACAUUUGAGUUGUUUCUACCUUUUGGCUUUUUUGGAUAGCGCUGCUGUGAACAUUCAUGUGUAAAUAAAUUUUGUUUGUUUCUUUGUUUUUCUUUUUUGUUUUUGCCACGCCGUGAGGCUUGUGGGAUCUUAGUUCCCCGACCAGGGAUCCAACCCGGGCCCUCGGUAGUGAGAGCACAGAGUCCUUAACCGCUGGACUGCCAGGGAAUUCCUGUAAAUAACUGUUUGAGUAUCUGUUUUUAACUCUUUUGGUAAACGGUUAUGCCUAGGAGUGGAAUUGCUGGGUCACGUGGUAAUUCUGUUUGACUUUUGGCGGAAGCAUCAGUAAUAUUUUAAUGUAAGAUUUUAAAAAACCAAAAUUCAUAAAAAAAAAUUUACAAAGAGCAAAAUACCAAAUUUUAAAAUAAGGACAGGAUCCAGCCCUGCCCCUCCCUCACCUGCUCUAGUCCUGGGCCGGUUGUACAACAUUCUCAUCCAGUAUGCUUCCUGAUUUCCCUGUUGAAUGUACUUGAGAUGACUUAGUUGAUGCUUACAUUUGAGCCUUCUGAAACUGAUUUAAAUAUUUUAACUGCUCGGUUAAUUUUUUUGUGGUUGUCUUUGGCCUUUAACUGUUUUCUCUUAAUGCUGUAAAGCAUUAUUUUGUGAACUGCUACAGAAAAUUCAUCUACGAAACACAUGCAGAAAUGAAAUGAAUGAUUCUGGUAAACAAAAAUAUUAAAGAGCGUUAGGGCUCCACUUGUGAAAAUUACAGCUUGAAGAUCACAAGAGGCUCCAAAUGAAAAGCCCACAAGAUAGGUUAAAAGCUGGUAUAGGCCUCCUAGAGAGAGGUAUGUAAGCACAGAGGGGAUGCUUGAACAGCACAAAGAGGUAGUCUGGCUUAAAUGGGAGUUUUCAAUUGUAGUAAUUAUGACUUCUAAAGUUACUUAUAACAGAGUGCUUACCUUCGGGCUAAUGAUUAAGAAGCAGCAAAGCAGCCUCUUUGUUGUUGCUACAUGAGAUUUUCUCUUUUGGAGACACCCGUUGAACUUGGAAUUCAGCGAAGCGCAGAAUGGUAAUAGCAUGGCUGCUUAGGGUAGUGGAGCACAUAGAAAGGUAUUAUAAAUCAGUCAUUCGACAAAUGUAUCUUGAGCCCCCAGGAUGAGCGACACAUGGUGUCAGGUGCUGGGGGAAGUGAAGGGGAGCAGAAUUUGCCCCCCAAAUCUGUCUCUUUGGCAUAAGGAUUAUUUUAGGCUGAUUAUUUUAAAGAAACAGCAGACACAGGAAAAGCUCUGAAAACUGAAUAGAAGUUGCCCUUUUUAAGAGACAUUUACAUUCAUAAGGGAAACCUUUGUUUGUAAAGGUGAGUCCUUCUUUGUACCAGGGAGAGACUGAGGACUCUAUAUCUCUGGAACUCUUCUCAGUGGAGAAGGCAGGGACUUAAAUCUGUAUAACAACCUCACCCUUGAUUACUGUGUUUUGCCUGGUCACCUUCCAUAACUGGCUCCCUGACAAAUACAUCUUCUGUCUUUAGCUGGAGAUGGUAUUGAAGGUGGUGGCUUGGGCUAUUUUGAAGAGUUACUCAGUUUUCCUGGGUCUCUCCCAUGUAUACAGCAGGUACACAUGUUAUUAAACUGAAACCAAGCAGGACCCUGCAGGGCCCUCCCGGGUACAAAAGCCUUUCCAUGUCCUCUGUUUCUUGUUUGUAGAAAAAGGCUUUAGUCUCCUAAGCUUUCCCUGAGUUCCAAAGAGCAGACUCAAGCAGUUACUAAUUGGGGAAGUGAGAAGAUGCAGAAACAAAGGAGAAGCAGUCGAGAAACAAUAGUUCAGUGAUAAUACAUAGCCCUAGUUCCUCCUCAAGGGGUAUAUGUGACAGUCUGAUGCAUAUCUUUGAG